UUAUUUUAAUAUUAUACGAUUCUAAAAAUUGUGUUUACUUGGUUAUUGAAGUGGUGAAAAUCCAAGCACAAACCCCCCAAUCCCCAAUGCCCAGAUUCCUCUCUUAGUCCCAUCCUUUUGUUCUUCACAACAAUCACAAAAUGAAACGAGAACACCCAAAUUUCCAUAACCCAUCAGCUGCAGCUUCCGCGUUCGGAAGCUCCUCCACCAUGCCAAAUAACAGUAACACUACUGACAUGAAUAACUGCAAGCCCAAGCUUUGGGAGGAGGCUGAAGACGGCGGCGCCGGCGGUGGCAUGGAUGAGUUACUGGCGGUUCUGGGUUACAAAGUUAGAUCAUCGGACAUGGCAGAAGUAGCUCAAAAACUUGAGCAACUUGAAGAAGUUAUGUGUAGUGUUCAAGAAGAUGGACUGUCUCAGUUAGCUUCUGAAACUGUUCAUUACAAUCCUUCUGAUCUCUCUUCUUGGUUGGAAACUAUGCUGUCUGAACUUAACCCUAAUCCCAAUACUUUUGACCCAAUUGCUCAGUUCGGUUCUCAAUCUCUUGAUAACUCCUUUUUCGCCCCUUCAAACCCCGAAUCUUCUACAAUUACAUCCCUUGAUUUCGAACAGAAUCAAAUUCGUCGUCUUCCAUCAGAUUUCGAUCUCAAAGCAAUUCCUGGUAAGGCGAUUUUUGAUUCUUCAGCCUCCUCGUCAUCCUCAUCAUCUCGAGAUCCCAAGCGUUUGAAACCCACAUACCCAUCACCGCCACCGCCUCCACAAGCGGCGUCAUCUUCCUCCUCUUCCGGCGGUUCUUUCAAUAUUUCAACAACUGAGUCAACAACAGCAACUCGUCCAGUAGUCCUGGUUGACUCACAAGAAAACGGCGUUCGACUCGUUCACUUACUCAUGGCCUGCGCAGAAGCUGUUCAAGAAAAUAAUCUAACCCUAGCCGAAGCACUCGUUAAACAGAUCGGUUUCUUGGCCGUGUCUCAGGCCGGAGCUAUGCGUAAAGUCGCCACUUAUUUCGCCGAGGCUUUAGCUCGGAGAAUUUACGGACUGUUCCCUCAAAACCCUAUUGAUCUUAAUCUGUCUGAUAUUCUUCAGAUGCAUUUUUAUGAGACCUGCCCGUAUCUAAAAUUCGCUCACUUUACUGCAAAUCAAGCAAUUCUUGAAGCUUUUGAGGGGAAAAAACGAGUCCAUGUGAUUGAUUUUUCUAUAAAUCAAGGCAUGCAGUGGCCUGCUUUAUUACAAGCUUUGGCUCUUAGACCCGGUGGUCCACCCGCUUUCCGGUUAACCGGAAUUGGGCCGCCGUCGCAUGAUAAUUCAGACCAUUUACAAGAGGUGGGGUGGAAGUUGGCUCAGUUGGCGGAGACUAUUCAUGUUGAGUUUGAGUAUAGAGGGUUUGUUGCUAAUAGUUUAGCUGAUCUUGAUGCUUCUAUGCUUGAACUCAGACCCAGUGAGUUCGAAUCGGUUGCUGUUAACUCAGUUUUCGAGUUGCAUAAAUUGUUGGCUAGACCGGGUGCUCUUGACAAGGUUUUGUCUGUUGUUAAGCAAAUGAAGCCUGAGAUUUUCACUGUUGUUGAGCAAGAAGCGAAUCAUAAUGGACCGGUGUUUUUAGACCGGUUUACUGAGUCGUUACAUUAUUACUCGACUCUGUUUGACUCGUUGGAGGGAUCGGUUAGUACACAAGAUAAGGUUAUGUCAGAAGUGUACUUAGGGAAGCAGAUUUGUAAUGUGGUAGCAUGUGAAGGAGCUGAUCGAGUUGAGAGGCAUGAGACGUUGACUCAGUGGCGAACUCGGUUUGGCUCGGUUGGGUUUAACCCGGCUCAUCUUGGGUCUAACGCGUUUAAGCAAGCUAGCAUGUUGUUGGCUUUGUUUGCCGGAGGAGAUGGGUAUAGAGUGGAGGAGAAUAAUGGGUGUUUGAUGUUAGGGUGGCAUACACGGCCGCUCAUCGCCACCUCGGCGUGGCGGCUGGCUAACAAGCAAGUUGUUGUGGCUCAGUGAGUUGGAAUCGGACGAGUUGUAGGUCAACUUAAAUUCAACAUCACCAAACCCUAGUGGAGAAGGAUUGGUAAUUGUAAUAUGCUGAGCUGGCCAUGGGUGAAAUUGAGACCCACCACUCUCAUAGUCUCUUUCACUUUUUUGAGUUUCUUUUAAUUUUUUUUUAUUUCAUCACUUUUGUAAUAUAGGUUUUCUUUCAGAUUUUAAUUUAUGUGGGUGACUUUUCUUUUUGGGUAUUUUGCAGGAUGUGUAUUUAUAAAUAUGAAUAUAUUUGGUGGUAAUAAUAAAAUAGAGCAAAUUAUUUUAA